ACAGAAAUCAACAACGAUGCCUCUGCCCAAGCGACCUACGCUGCCUACCAAGGCAAAGUCCUCGGAAGAAGGCGCCAGGAAGAAGGACACACGAUUCUCCAACUUCCAGACCGACGCCAAGUUUCGACUUCCCUCGAAGAAGAACACCAAGACAAAACUCGACUCGCGAUUUUCGAGGCUUCUCGAUGAUCCGGAAUUCUACAACAAGGCAUCUGUCGACCGCUAUGGCCGAAAAGUAGGGAAGGACGCGGGCAAGAAAAAGCUCGAAAAGUUCUACCGACAGGAUCAAGAGGAGGAUGAUGACGAGGAUGAUGAUGAAGAGGAGGACGAGGAAGAUCUGAAAGACGGAAAGGCUAGCAAGAGGGAGAAGAAUGUGAAGAAGCAGCUCGCAAAAGCAGACAUCCGCGGCCAGAACUACGACCCCAUACGCGAUGGCGGCCUAUCCUCGUCUUCCGACGAAAGCUCCAGCGACGACGACUCGGAAGACGAAGAGGUGGAGGCAGAAGAGGAGGUUGAAUUGGCUGGUGAGAAUGAAGAUAUCCCUACUGGAGAUGUCACAUCACGAUUGGCCGCGGUCAACCUCGACUGGGACAACAUACGGGCUGCUGAUAUCGUGGCUGUCGCCGGCUCAUUCGUUCCCUCCGAUGGAAGGCUCCUGAGCGUAGUAAUCUACCCCAGCGAGUUCGGCCGCGAGAGGAUGGAGCGAGAGGAACUCGAAGGCCCGCCCAAAGAGAUCUUCGCCGCAAGCUCCAAGUCCAAGGACGACACCACUCUGAACGACGACUCAGACUCCGACGCAUCAGAAGACGACGAGCAGAUCAAGAAGCAACUCCUCGAAGAGAGCACCGGCGACGAGUUCGAUUCCAAAGCACUCCGCGCCUACCAGCUCGACCGUCUACGAUACUACUACGCCGUAAUCACCUGUUCGUCCCCCAACGUCGCAAAGUCUAUCUACGACAACCUCGACGGCCGCGAGUACCUUUCCAGCGCCAACUUCUUCGACCUGCGCUUCAUCCCCGACGACACCACAUUCGACGAGGAACCGCACGACGAAUGCAGCGAACUCCCCAGCGGCUACAAGCCCAACGAAUUCACCACGGGCGCGCUCUCCCACUCCAAAGUCACGCUGACAUGGGACGCCGACGACCGGCAGCGACAGGAGGCGCAGAAGCGCGCCUUCUCGCGCGACGAGCUGGACGAAAACGAACUCAAAGCGUACCUGGGCUCCGACGGCGACUCAGACGACGACGAAGAGGAAGACGCCCCGCGACCGGACAAGGCGGCGGCUUUGCGCAAAGCGCUCGGGCUCGGGUCCGCUGACGAGCCGUCCAAGGCCUCAAAGCGUGAGUCGAAGCAUCCGGGCGGCGAAAUGCAAGUCACGUUCUCGGCGGCACUGUCGACGAAAGGACAAGGCGGGUCGGUGUUCGAGAACGAACCCAUCGUCGAAGAAACCACACUGGAGAGGUACAAAAGGAAGCAGAAGGAGAGGAAGCAGAGAGGCAAAGAGCGGGCCAAAGCUAUCCGCGAAGGACGCGAUCCCGACGCCGAAGCAAAGGAGGCCAAAAACGCCGUUGCAUCGAAAGCCAACGACGACGGAGACGCAGCCGAAGACGACCCCUGGAACGACCCCUUCUUCGCGUCCGACCCAGAAGACGUCGAGGCCGCGGAGCGCAAAUCGAAGAAGGCCGAAAAGGCACGCAAGCGCAAGGAGCAAGAACAAGACGAGGAGGCGGCAGCGGCGGAGAAGGCGAACCUGGAGCUCCUCAUGGUGGACGAUGAAGGCAACAAAGUCCAACACUUCGACAUGAACGAGAUAGCGAAGGCAGAGAAGGCGAAGAAGAAGGGCAAGAAGGGCAAGAAAUCAAAGGACGCUGCUGCCGCUGCAGUGGUGGAAGACGAUUUCGAGAUGAACACUCAGGACCCCCGUUUCGCGAAGCUGUACGAUAGCCACGAGUUCGCCAUCGAUCCUACGAACCCCAGGUUCAAGGGCACGCAGGGCAUGAAGGCGCUUUUGGAGGAGGGCCGCAAAAAGCGGAGACACGAUAGGGAUGACGGGGAGGACUUGGAGUCGCAGCAAUCGCGAGCGAAGAAGUCGAAGAAGGAUGCUGGUGCUGGUGCUGGCGACAACGCAGACGACCUGAAGAAGCUGGCAGAAAGGGUGAAGGCGAAGAGUCGGCGGUAGAAAAUGGCAUCUAGACGGGAUACCUUAGACGUACUCCGCACUGCAUUGUAGUAUAUAUUCAUCAAUGCAUCUAUUC